UGGCGGAUGAUAUUGCUGUAAAACCAAAAUGCACUUGUUGUGUUUCAGUUCCUUCUUGAAUCGUGAAUAUGUUUAAUUGAAUUGUCAGGACGACGACCGCUUUUACGUUAAUGUCGUUUCGUUAAGUAUGUAGAAUCUCAUUUCUAAAUCGUCGAAAGAAAGGUGUUUUUUUAGGAUGGCCGACACAAGACGGAGAGUGAAACUGUAUGUUCUCAACGAUGAACGGCAGUGGGACGACAGAGGCACUGGCCAUGUAUCGUCGUGUUAUGUGGAGCGGUUGAAUGGGAUGUGCCUUCUUGUGCGAUCAGAAACAGAUGGGUCCAUUCUAUUGGAGUCUAAGAUUCAACAGGACACUGCCUACCAGAAGCAACAGGAGACGCUGAUUGUUUGGUCGGAGAAUGACAAUUAUGACUUGGCACUCAGUUUUCAGGAGAAGGCUGGAUGUGAUGAGAUUUGGGAGAUUAUCUGUCAGAUUCAAGGAAAGGACCCCUCAGUUGAUGUUACCCAAGACAUCAUCGAGGAAUCAGAAGAAGAACGCUUUGAGGAGAUGCCUGAUGCCGCCAUGCCCAUCGAAUUACCUCCCUGUGAACUCAGCAAACUUGAUGAGAUCGCCGAACUCUUCAUUAACGUGCUUCCGUCUCCGAUCCGCCGAGAGAAGCUUGCCGUUGCGAUUGAGAACGAGAGGUACCUUCAGAAACUGAUCGAAAUCUUCCGCAUGUGUGAAGACCUGGAAAACGCAGAGGGGCUCCAGCACCUGUUUGAGAUCAUCAAGAUUGCCAUCCUUUUGAACAAAAACUCCCUCCUGGAGAUCCUAUUCAGUGAUGACAUCAUCUAUGAUGUCAUCGGGUGUCUUGAGUACGAUCCGUCGGCGACUGAAGUCCAUAAACACAGGGAAUACUUGAACUCCAAAGCAACCUUCAAGGAAGUUAUCCCUAUUACCAAUCAGGAGCUUUUGAACAAAAUUCACCAGACCUACCGUGUACAGUACAUUCAAGACGUCAUUCUGCCAUCGCCAUCUGUAUUCGAGGAGAACAUGCUCACCACUCUCAGCUCAUUCAUAUUUUUUAAUAAAUUGGAAAUUGUGAACAUGAUUCAGGAGGAUGACCAGUUCCUUCCAGAGUUGUUUACUCAACUGACUGAUGAGGCCACAGAGGACAAGAAGAGACGAGACUUAGUACUGUUUCUGAAGGAGUUCUGCUGUUGUGCACAAGCGUGCCAGAACAGAGAUAGCUUCUUCAGGACGUUAUCAAACCUCGGUAUCCUACCAGCAUUGGAAGUUGUUAUGGGUAUGGAUGAUAUUGAGGUACGGCAGGCGGCUGUAGACAUCUUUGCUUACAUCGUUGAAUACAGUCCCUCUAUGGUGAGAGAGUUCAUCAUCCAAGAGGGCAAUGGACAGGAGGAUGAUGUGAUAUUGAUCAACUUGAUUAUUGAGCAAAUGAUCUGUGACAGUGAUCCAGACCUUGGUGGUGCUAUGCAGCUCAUGAACAUCUUGAGGGUUUUAAUAGAUCCAGAAAACAUGAUGACGGCCGUAGCUGUCAGUAAGACAGAGAAGACAGAAUUCUUGAGCUUUUUCUACAAACACUGCAUGCACAUAUUAACAGCACCACUUCUGGCAAAUACAUCGAGUGACACACCCAGUAAAGAUGACUAUCAGACAGCCCAGUUGUUGGGUCUCAUACUGGAGCUCUUGACAUUUAGCAUAGACAACCACACAUACCAUAUCAAGAACUAUAUCAUCAACAAAGACUUGUUGAGACGGGUGCUGGUCUUGCUGCAAUCUACCCACCAAUUCCUUGUACUCUGUGCUAUUCGACUUGUGCGGAAGAUGAUCGCAAGGAAAGACGAGUUCUUCAAUCGGUACAUCGUCAAGGGAAGUCUCCUGGAACCUGUCGUCAGAGCCUUCAAGAAUAACGGCAAUCGCUAUAACCUGCUCAACUCUGCUAUCAUAGAGCUGUUUGAAUUCAUUAGAUUAGAGGACGUCAAGUCGUUAAUAGUUCACAUUGAAGAAGCAUACGGCAACGUGUUUGAUACCGUAGACUACGUCAGUACAUUCAAAGGACUGAAGUUGAAAUACGAGCAGCAUGUAGAUCGCGUCAACAACAAGCCUAACUUAGACAGUAUUCGACAGACAAACAUCUUACAGACGAGUAGAUAUCGUCGAGAUGCUCGGGCCUUGGAUGAAGAUGAAGAGCUGUGGUUCAACAGAGAGGAUGAAGCUGACGAUGAUAACAUCGUGGUUGCUGAUACCACCUUCAGGUCCGCCAAGGUGGAGGUGGAGCUUGAUUCCAUCAAUAGAUUUGUGGAGAGUAAAAAAGCUCAAGACAACCCCUUAUUAAGUAAAGACUCGCUGACCAGCAACGGCAGACCGACGAGCCCCGUCCGAUUAGCAACAACUGGUGCCCUGUCCAGGACGGCGACCACACCCAGACCUACCAGCCCAGUUAAUUUGAUGACGAAGAAGACAGCAGAUGAACCUCAGGAAACGACAAAUACCAAAGCAGCUGUAGCUACAACAACUGAAAUGAAGACAACUACUACUACAAAUAGCAUCACAACAAAGCAGGGAGGCAUUGUUGGACUGGUAGAUUACCCAGACGAAGAUUCAGAUGAAGAAGAUGACGAUGUGGAACCACCCUCCAAACGACCCCGAGUCACCUUCUAGCGAACUCCACCACCACUUUCAGCCCUGUCCCAUCCUCACACAGCUUUGAUUUCCAGUCGCCUUGGAAAAAGGAUCCAGUGUGUCCAGUCAGUUUCAUUAGCUGUCAUGCAAUCAUAAGUUGGACAGCUACAUCUGCGGUAAAGCUGGCACUGGGCGUUAGAUCUUGACUUUGGGAGAUAACAACUGUCCUGGUGAUGAAACACAGAAUCACUGCGGCCCUGGUCAAACACCGGAAACAAGUGUCAGGUAACUUGUUGUGUUUGUGUCAA